AUGGACAACAACACCUCAUCCAGUGCCACCUCGCCAUGUACGGCCUACGUCGCAAUGCUGCCGUACGUCUACACAACGAAUGAUGUUGCACAGCUAUUUACACCGUUUGGAAAGUUGGCACGUGUGAUGGUUCUGCGUGAUAAGCAAACACGUCGCAGUCGUGGCGUGGCCUUUGUCCAAUUCGCUCGUGCUGACGACUGCGCUAAGGCGGUGACUGUGAUGGAUAAAACGCCACUGGAAGGAAUGACGCUAGCGGUAUCUCUGUGUCGUGACAAUGGACGCUCUCGAGAGUUUGCCAAAAAGCGCAAGUACACGACGUCCCAGCGCUGCUUUGAAUGUGGCGAGUUCGGUCACUUGUCCUACGAGUGUCCACGCAAUGUAUUGGGCGUUCGGGAGCGACCUGUAUCGACUGGAGGCAAGAGCAGUAGGAAGAAACUCAAGAAGAAGAAGAAGAAGUUUGAUCCGUACGAACGCGUGCACUAUUUCAACGACGAAGAAAUCGUCAACAUACUAGCACCACCCACAGGCUCCGAUGACGAAGACCUUUCCAUUUCUCUGCUGGCGUACACGUCCACAGCAUCUUCGUCUUUGUUGCCGGCAACUCUACCUCCACCAUCUGCCGCUAAGUCAGCGCGUCGUCGGCCGCAGCGAAAGACUGACAGUUACUUUAGUGACGAGGACGCUAGCGAUGACGAGUGA